AUGGCUCAUAAAAGUAUGCUUCCACCGGGAUUUAUUACAGGUCGUAGUGUCCGUGUGACGUUUGAUGAUUCAGACGGGAAGCAACAAACACCGACAGAAUCUCAAACAACCCAUCACACAACGGGAACUAUACCUCAGACCACACUUUCGACUGAUACGCACGACCCACAUCCUCUGCCAAGCCACGAGCUUGAUAUUCCAGGCCAAGAGGAAUCUGAUUAUAGCUCAUAUGAGAUCCCGAAUAAAAGAACUCCGCCACCAUCAUUCCCUUUGUUUACUGACAACUACAGGAAUUCUCCACUACUGGACGAGGCCCUUAAACGAGAUAUAGCCUGGGCUGUAUGCUCAGCUGUAGGGGACAAGUGCUUAGAUGAAACCAUUUCAGAAGAAGACAGAUCUGAACUUCAUGGUGUUGGAGAACUUAACUAUGACGCCGACGAGGACAUCCCAGUGACGAUGAGGCAAGUGCCACCAAACAAGAAGAGAAAAAGAAAUCCCACCACCUGUGAAACUGCCUCAGAAAGUUACCAUGGUGAGGACGAGUUUACAGGGAUUCAGGAUAGUUCGGAAGAUGACAGUGCCAGCAGUUCAUACAACAGCGACGAUCUGCAUGUAACUGAUUCACAGGUGAUGGCAAAUAAAACGGCAGAGUCUAGAGCUGAACUGAUCGACCAGUUGCUUAAGCAAAAGGGAUACAACAGACUUGUUCGGCCAGGCGAAGACUCACAUACACCCACACCAGUUACCAUCGAUGUUAUGGUGCACAUGAUCAGCUCUAUAUCGGAGAUCAACAUGGAGUUCGCAACAGACAUUUAUUACCGUCAACGCUGGCGAGACAGCAGAUUGGCUUUUGAAGACUUCAACAAAACUUUGAACCUUGGUUACAGUCGAAUAGAAUCUAUCUGGUAUCCCGAUAUUUAUUUUCCGAGUCUGAAGGGAGGUUACCGACAUGACCUAACAUCUCCUAACAUACUGCUGAGGCUUUACCCGGACGGUACAGUGCUCUACAGCCAGCGCCUGGCACUUAUUAUGGCCUGCUCCAUGGAUUUACAGAAAUUUCCUUUGGACAAACAGAGAUGUCGACUCGAUUUCAUGUCCUAUGGCUACACGGUCGAGGAAUUGACGAUAUCUUGGGAUGGCCAAAGCAACAUCAGUCUGAACAACAAUAUAACAUUGCCCGAUUUCGAACUUGACGGCUACAAGCUUGGAGAUUGCACAGAGAUAUUUUCCACGGGAACAUAUGGUUGCGUAUUUGUGGAGCUAAAGUUUACCCGACAGUUUGGACAUUACUUGACGGGAACGUAUCUGCCCACCAUGUUGAUUAUCGUCCUGUCUUGGAUCGGCUUUUGGAUUGAUUACAAGUCCACGCCGUCUCGCAUAAGCCUAGGUCUGCUUACGGUCCUGGCUGUGACCACACAGAGUACGAGCAUACAGGCGGAACUCCCCCGGGUCUCCUACGUGAAGUCCAUCGACGUCUGGAUGGCCAUCUGCAUGGUGUUUGUGGCCGGAGCUUUGCUGGAGUUUGCUAUUGUAAAUGUAAUUGCCAGAAAAGAUUCCGAGAAGAUUCUCACAAAAAGGGCUAUGAGACUUUCAACGGCAUCUUCAACGGCAUCCACUCAGGAACUGGUUUAUACCGAGAAAAAUCACCGGAAACGGGUAUCCUGGGGAAAGACCCAAGAAUCUGCCCACGAGAAUUACACUGACAGCUCAGAAAACAGAGGGUGUUUGAAGACAGAUGAGAGCUAUGCCUUACGCAUUGAUAAGCUCUCUCGCAUUCUCUUCCCAGUUCUGUUUUUCCUCACGACCAUGAUCUACGGACUUUCGGUACAUUUACAUGCAUACCCCGAGGAAUGA